AUGUCUGACAGCAAACGUUUGUCUGGCAAAGGGUCUUACAACAUAAAUUGGGAUGAAUUUGAUGAAAAUGCAAACAUGUUUGUCUCGGGUUCGAAGUUUGGCGGAGGAAAACCCCCGCCAGAAAGUCUUCGCUCAUUGAAUGUUCCUUCGCCCGUCGGCAAAACGCCCAUCUCCCCCUCUCCAGCAGAGCCUCAUCCAACUGACCACCAGUCCCAAAACCACGUUGAAAUGACUCCAGAGCUGCCUAUAAAGGAAACUGUCUCUUCCAAAGGAUUGACAGAACAACCCGCUGCAGAAUUCCAUAAAGCCCCAGAUAAUGCUGCAGGAGAUGCCGUUCUCUCUGACCCGUACGUUUUCUCGAUUUUGUUUACAUCUGCCGUUAUUGCUAUGUUUUAUUUCAGUAUUUUUCAUUGAAAAAUCAUUUACGUCUGUAUCUGUUUUUCAGUUGUCUGAACUUCACAAUACGAUGGGAUGCAUAUAUAACGUAAUAUAUUGUCUCUGUCCGCGCCGUGGCUUCGUACUGCAUUAGAGAACCGAAUAUGCAGCACAUUUUGUUGCGAUGCGCCUCUACUGAGUUAAUUUCGGCUAACAUUAUCUGUCUCCCAUAACUGUGUCAUCUACGUCGGCCGAUUAAAGGAUUUUUUGACAAACCCUGGAGUUUCACGUUGACGGCCACUGGCAAUUGCAUUAAAGACCACAUUUUAGAACCCGUGGCUGUUCUUUAGACAUGUUAUUUGUCCUGGGAAAAAGUAGUGAAAAACGCUAUUUAUGCCGACUUAAUACCCUCUAGCAGUUGAAUUCUAUUCAGGGCAUGACCAUUAGUUGACUGUCAAUAAGUUUUCUUUACUAAUUGCAUCGUCCAGUAUCAUGUGCCUUUUGGUGGCCACGGAUAUCUUCUCCGAUCAAACUAAUCGCUAUUUUGCUAGCAUUAUUUGUUCCAUGUAAAAAAUACUGAUUUGCCAAGAGAGCGAACAUCUCCAUAGUAGCCUACAUUAAAUUUUCCUUGACCUACCAUAUUUUUUCCGAUCCUUCGAAACCUCACCUGACUUCAUUGUUACGGAUAAAUGUAGACCUGCAGGCCUUUUUAGACUCAAACAAAUCCCCCGGGAGUUACCUCCACCCGCGCCGUUGGUGUUUUCGCAGCGUCUGAUAAGCAGAUGGCAAGGAUAUGCCAACGCCUUAGGGCAUGGAGCGAGUUCCUUGGGACGCGCACUCAUAACACGCCACACCUCGGGAGUGUAGUGAAACGCCUGGACGCGGGCUCGCGUCUCGCCUCAAUCCCUGCAUCAGAUGACUGACCGGUCCAGAUAGUAACGGGGUUUCUGUGAGGGGGAAAAGAGAACGAGGUCAACUCUGGAGACUGCGUCCUCGCGGCACUCAAGGCAUAUUCCUUAUUAUAGCAAUCUGAAGCGCUUUUAAACUCUCACGCUGCGCUAAAAGUUGUGACUUGGAAAACUACCAAUAGACAGAAUAGCUCGGUCUUCCUCUGAGGACGGAGAGUUGGGCUCCUUCUGAAUGUGGCCUUUGUGCCACUGUCACUCAGUUGGGAUCCGAGCCGCCCUCCCUUGUUUCCAUGAAAACCUGCUCUGUCAUGCGCUAACCAGGCGUGUGUGGCACACAUAGACUGGCUGUCUAGCCUUUUCGGCCAUGGGCCCUAUCCCACUUCCAGUGUUCUUGACUCCGCGUUGACACCGGGUCCAGAUGGGUGAGGGAAGACGGUGUACUGGAUGUGUCGACAGUCACCAUCCCUCCGCCUGCCAUGGUGUUGGGAACACGAUGGACAUCGUGGUUCUCGACGGUUAAACUGUCGUGUGUGUGUGUGUGUGUGUGUAUGACACAAAGCAGGCACGCCGACUGAACCACUUCCACCUCAGUUGUCUUCGUCGCAUCCUGAGGCUGAACUGGCAGGAUCGAAUCCCCGACACUGAAGUACUGGAGCGCACGGGAAUCCUCAGCAUCUACACCAUACUGAGACAAAUGCAGCUGCGCUGGAGCAGCCACCUGGUGCGCAUGGACGACGAGCGACUACCCAAACGACUCCUCUACGGAGACGUCGCGACGGGUUCUCGCCGUCAAGGAGGCCAAAUUCGCCGUUACAAGGACACCCUGAAGUCAUCCCUGAAGCGUCUGCAAAUCAACCCGACCAACUGGGAUGAGCUCGCACUCGAUCGACCAACAUGGAGGGGGACAGUGAAGACAGGCGCUGCGAUCUACGAAGCCAACCGCAUCGCUGCCGCCAAAGCGAAACGCGAAGCCCGCAAAUCACAAUCUCGCCCAGUACGCGACGCCGCCGCACAACCGCCUCCAACGUGUCCUCGAUGUCAACGGACAUUCCGGGCACGAAUCGGACUUGUUGGACAUCUUCGGAUCAACUGCACCUCUCGGACUGCCUCAACCAUCGUCCCCCCGCUCGCCUCUUCCUCACCCUCUGCGCCACAAACUAACUCUGACACUUCUUCUGGAUCACCACUCCCAUCACCCUCCUCCUCCUCCUCCACUGCUCCCACGACGGCCGCUCAGGCGACUGUCCUGUGCGCAACAACCGACACCAUCACCACCACCUCGCUCGACUCCAGCGAUGAGGAUCAGAACUACAACUGCCCUCACUGCGACCGCACCUUCACCUCACGCAUCGGCCUGGUCGGUCACUUGCGAAUCCAUCGCACAGAGAUUGGCGAACCAGUGCCUGGAGCAUCAACCUACACUCACCGCACUCGCCUCCACUGCCCACACUGCCCUCGCACCUUCACGCAUCGCAUGGAUCUAUUCGGCCACAUGCGCAUCCACGACGACCUGCGGUAG